UGCUCACCAGACAGCUUCAGGAGAGCUGGAGAAGCCUGCGACCUCGCUGUGUUUCUGAGAAAGUUAUUUUUGAAGUGACUGAUGCCAGCGUAGUACAAGAAGGAAGCUCCAAAUAUGUGCCAGUCCAGUCUUGUGUGAGGCAGUAGGAGAGAAGAUGAAGACCCAGGUUCUGUGUUUUCUUAGCUUUGUUCUGUUUAGUGUGUGUGAAUGGCCGAGCCCCUCCAGCGCUACUCCGGCCCGAAACUCCACGGUGUUUAAAGCAGGCCACUGCCCUAGGAAGUUGACCGUGGUACCGUCCAGUCGUGCUUGUGUCUGUGACGACGACUGUGCAGGUGAUCACAAAUGCUGUGUCUUUGACUGUGGAGCUGUCUGUGUGCCUCCAGCUUUCACAAAGCCUGGUGUGUGCCCACGACGGAAGUGGGGCUCAGGGAUGUGUGCAGAAUACUGCUCUGAUGACAGUGACUGUCCGAACAAUGAGAAAUGCUGCCACAACGGAUGUGGCCAUGAAUGCACUGCCCCUUACACAGUGAAGCCUGGUCGAUGCACCAAGCCCAAGGGAACUCCAAUGUGUGCGGAGUACUGUUACCACGACGGUCAGUGUCCCGGAGAGCAGAAGUGCUGCCAGACCACAUGUGGCCAUGCCUGCAGUGAGCCCUGCUGAUCGAGACCGGUAUCCGACUAGAGGGACUCUAGUUUACAUUAUACUUUAUACUUGAGUUAACCUGAGAGUGAGACAGAUUGAGAUUGCAUUAUUCAUGCAAUGGAAUGUCUUUUUUUAUAUUUGUAACCUUUUAAAUAAACCCUUGUUGCUCCUUUUGGUAAA